GCAGUACAUUGAGCUCCAUAGAGACAGCGCCGGGGCAAGCGAGAGCCGGACGGGCACUGGGCGACUCUGUGCCUCGCGGACGAAAAUCAACUAAACAUGGGCAAAGGAGAUCCUAAGAAGCCGAGAGGCAAAAUGUCCUCGUAUGCAUUCUUUGUGCAAACUUGCCGGGAGGAACACAAGAAGAAGCACCCAGAUGCUUCUGUCAACUUCUCAGAGUUCUCUAAGAAGUGCUCAGAAAGGUGGAAGACCAUGUCUGCUAAAGAAAAGGGGAAAUUUGAAGACAUGGCCAAGGCUGACAAGGCUCGUUAUGAAAGAGAAAUGAAAACCUACAUCCCCCCCAAAGGGGAGACCAAAAAGAAGUUCAAGGACCCCAAUGCACCCAAGAGGCCUCCUUCGGCCUUCUUCUUGUUCUGUUCUGAGUAUCGCCCCAAAAUCAAAGGAGAGCACCCUGGCUUAUCCAUUGGAGAUGUUGCAAAGAAGCUGGGAGAGAUGUGGAACAAAACCGCUGCAGAUGACAAGCAGCCCUACGAGAAGAAGGCUGCCAAGCUGAAGGAGAAGUACGAAAAGGAUAUUGCUGCCUACAGAGCUAAAGGAAAACCCGAUGCAGCGAAGAAGGGGGCAGUCAAGGCAGAAAAGAGCAAGAAAAAGAAGGAAGAGGAAGAUGAUGAGGAGGACGAAGAGGAUGAAGAGGAGGAGGAAGAAGAGGAAGAUGAAGAUGAGGAAGAAGAUGAUGAUGAUGAAUAAGUUGGUUCUAGCGCAGUUUUUUUUCUU